AAUUUCCUUGUGAAUCUUAAUUUGGUCUGCCAAAGAGAGAGAAGGUGCACCAUAUAUGAUAAUGGUGGGGUAGUAUAUAUUUUCACGCUAUAUAUUAUAGGGAUCAGCUUGUACUCGUCAAAGUAAUAAUAGUACAGUACUAAUGGCAGCUACAAAGUCACAACAGCUAAAUAGCAACUUGGACGGCACAAUCUCCCGCGAUUCAGAAGUUCAGAUGUCGGAUUCCGGUAGCAAACGUGGAGGUUGGAUCACCUUCCCCUUCAUCAUAGCCACUAUGACAGGCUUGACACUAGCAGCUUUUGGUGGUGUGACGAACAAUCUUAUUGUCUAUCUUAUUGGGAAAUUUAAUGUGAAGAGCAUCGAUGCUGCCCAAAUUUCUAACGUUGUUAGUGGCUGCAGUAAUCUAUUUCCAGUCCUCGGAGCCAUUAUUGCCGACUCUUUUUUAGGCAGUUUCUCUGUCAUCUCCAUUUCUUCUUUUCUCUCUUUGCUGGGCAUGAUUUUUUUACUACUAACCGCGACACUCGAUUUGUUGAGGCCUCCACCAUGUGGAAAUGGAUCAGUUUUGUGCGUAGCCCCAUCAAAAAUCCAAUUCGCGGUCCUAUAUGCAGCUCUAGCGCUCGCGUGUAUAGGGAUCGGAGGCACACGCUUCACUAUAGCAACAAUGGGAGCGAACCAACUUGAUGAGCCUAAGGACCAUGGGAUCUUCUUUAAUUGGUUCUUCUUCACCUUUUACACCUCCAUAGUUAUAAGUUCAACAGUUAUUGUCUAUGUUGAGGAUAAUGUGGGUUGGACAAUGGGGUUUGGCCUGUGUGUCGCCGCCAAUGUAAUUGGCGUGGCCAUUUUUGUUCUGGGAAACCGUUAUUAUCGUCACAUUAAGCCAAAAGGGAGCCCUUUUGUGGAUUUAGCUCGGGUUAUUGUUGCCGCCAUUAGAAAGAGGAAGGUCUUGCUUUCAUCCAGAAGUGAGGAUUAUUACAAUGAGCAUGAUGGGGUGACAAGCAUGAUGCCAACGGCACCAACUAAAAGCUUCAAGUGCUUGAAUCGCGCAGCACUGAAAACAGAGGAGGACACACAAUUAGAAGGCAAAAUCACAAGAUCAUGGAGGCUAUGCAGUGUGAAACAAGUAGAAGAUCUAAAGACUUUAAUCAGAAUUUUCCCACUAUGGUCCACUAGCAUUUUAUUAAGCACCACAAUAGGGAUCCAAUCCAGCUUGGUGGUCCUCCAAACUCUAAGCAUGGAUCGUCACAUUGGGCCUCAUUUCAAAAUCCCAGCUGGGUCAAUCCUAGUUACUGUAUUCAUCUCCACCUCCAUCACUCUCACCAUCAUCGACCGAUUCCUAUGCCCCACGUGGCAAAAGCUAACUCGUCAAUCUCCAACGCCACUCCAACGUAUCGGUCUCGGCCACGUGUUAAAUGUACUUAGCAUGGCUGUGUCAGCCAUAGUGGAGUCCAAGCGACUUGAUAUAGCCCGAGCCCACCACGUCCAGGACCAGCCAGGUUCCACAGUGCCAAUGUUGGCCUUGUGGCUCCUUCCACCACUGGUCAUUGUUGGUAUCGGUGAAGCAUUUCAUUUUCCGGGACAAGUUGCAUUGUACUAUCAAGAAUUUCCGGUGUCUUUAAGAAGCACAUCAACUGCGAUGAUCGCGAUGAUUAUCGGGAUAGGUUUCUAUCUAAGCACGGCCCUGAUCGAUUUGGUUCGGAGGGUAACAGGAUGGUUACCGGAUGAUAUAAAUAAUGGGAGACUAGAUAAUGUGUAUUGGACGUUGACUGUGGUUGGGGUGUUAAACUUGGGUUAUUAUUUAGUAUGUGCAAGGUUGUACAAGUAUAGAAAUGUUGAGAACGUUGAGGAUGAUAAUUCUAGCUCUUACAAGUGACGUUGAUCCUACAAAA